CGCCGAGAUCGGGGGCGCUGCGCUCAGUCGCGAUCCCGAUAAAUGGCACACACAUGUGAUUUUUAGCUUGUGAAACGGGGAAAAAUCAUAAAAUUCGGUGUCGCGAGUCGUUCGCAUUCAGCUCGGCCGAGGCUCAACGCGAUGCCUUCGCCGCGAUAAAGAGCCAGCCCGUUUCGCACGACGAGAAGGGCCACCGUUCCGUUCAGGCGAACAAGUAUGUUGCGGAAAAAAUAAUACUCGAAGGAAUGGACACAAUCGGUGGGAGGCGCAGGGGUGUGACCAACCACACAGCCGAAGACCAGGCUUUGGAUCAAAUCGCGAGAGAGGCCGAAGCUCGAUUGGCUGCAAAACGUCAAGCAAGAGCCGAGGCCAGGGAGAUUCGUAUGAGAGAGUUGGAAAGGCAGCAAAAAGAAUCUGAUGAAAAUGCCGACAGGAUAUAUGACAUGUACCCCAGUACUCCUGAUGGGAUUACAAGAUCAGCCAGGGUAUCAGCUACGCUGAACAAUAGCAGACUUUCUGCUUCCAACAGUUACCAGUCGUCCCGAAGGAGUUCUGAAGAUUCAUUGGAGGAAAACACUUCACUCAGAGAUGUGCGGGGUGAACUUCGAGAGGUCGAAGACAAGUUCAGGAGGGCCAUGAUAGGAAAUGCCCAAUUGGACAAUGAAAAAGCUGCAGCAGCGUAUCAAGUGGAACUUUAUAAGGAUAGGUACGAAGAAUUAGAAGAAGAACACAACCAACUACAGAGGGAACAUAAAGAAAAAUGCAGACAACUAGAACAGAAUAAAAGGGAUCAAGCAAAACUCCAGAAAGACCUCGAAGCAGCUUUGGCAGCACUUCAAGAAAGAGACCGACUGAUUGAGGAACAAGGAUUGGUGAUAGUGGGUGGCGAGACUUCUUCAAGUGCAACGGAGAGCGACGAGGAAGAUGAUGCAGGAGGGGGCGAGCGCAAGGGCAGAGAAAAGCACCGGAAAGCACUAGUCUCCUCAGAUAUGGCUAAACUUUUAGACUCAGUAGGUCACGGCUCUUUAGAUGUGCGAUUGAAAAAAUUGGCUGCAGAACGAAACGAACUCCAAGACGAAUUAAGACAUGUAAAACUCGAAUUGGAAGAAGAAAAAUCGAAAAAUAGUCGGUUCGGUUCGAAUCCUGCCGACAUCGAAGAAUUACAACGAGAAGCCAAUAAACAGUUAGGAGAUUAUAAAUUCAAGCUUCAAAAAGCAGAGCAAGAUGUUUCAACACUUCAAGCCACCGUUGCAAGGUUAGAAGGACAAGUCAUGAGGUAUAAGACAGCAGCUGAAGCGGCUGAGAAAGUGGAAGAUGAACUGAAACUUGAAAGGCGAAAACUACAGAGAGAGUUAAGAGAGUUUCAAGCUAAGGUUGAAGAAUUAGAAACGUCUAACAACCAUCUUCAAAAGAGACUGGACAAACUGAAGACGGCGAAGUCAGCUUUACUGAAGGAUUUGUAGCGAAGGCUGGACAGGUAGCAAGUGU